AGCAGAAGCCCAAAAUCUAUAAAUCCACCCUCCGUCCAGCCCAGCUCUCAAGCAUCACAACCAUUCCAUCAAUCAAACCAUCACUACAAUCUAUCUCUCUGAGAACAUUCCAAAAUGCGCUUCACACCUCUCCUCUUCACCCUCCUCGCCGCUAGCCCUCUAGCUACUCUGGCUGCCCCCGCCCCCUCCGAAAAUAACGAGAACGCGGCACUUUCGUGCCCGAGUGGUGCUAAGAUUCAUUGUGGAGGCUGUAACGGCACGAGUUGCAUGAUCGGGUUUACUAAUUAUCCCUGUGAUGAGGGCAAGUGCACCGCUCAAAGCGGCGGCGGCGAUGGCGCCUCCUGCUGGGACAAUAACCUCGGUGGAAAGAGGCACAUUGUUUGUCCCGGACGGGGUUAGGGGUGGCGGUGGAUGGUUUGUGGUUGAUUAUAGUGUCUAGCAGAUGAUCAAAUUGCGUGUGGUCAGAUUGGGGAGGGAAGGUCUUGGACGUUGGUAUUGGUAAUGGUCUGAUGUGUGAACGGGGGGGGGCAAGAUGAGAUGUUAAGGCCGGCUCUUGUCUGUAACGCUCGUUGGGGAUCAUGGGUAUGUGGGUGGAUUAUGGAUUUAUGUUUAUGUGGAUAAGUUGGACCUGUGUUAUUCAACAAGCAGCAGGGACGGCAAUGAACUGUUAAUUAUGAUUAUGAUUGUUUG